AAAUUUCACAAUUAAAUAUUACUAAACCUUUAAAAAUAUGAAUCGUGUAUCAAGAAUAUUUCAACCUUUAAUCAUAACUCCAAAAACAGCUCAAAUAUCGCCCACAAAAGAUGUACUUAUAUCAAAAAGCCAAAAGUUAUUGACUGAUGUGGGUAUAAUAAGAUCUGGAGCACCUGGUAGUUUUCACAUGCUACCUUUAGGUGAACGAGUUUUGAGGAAAUUGAAUGAUCUGAUUGAUAAAUAUAUGCAUAAGAUUGAAGCGCAGAAGAUUUAUAUGCCUUCUAUAACUAGUGCUGAUUUAUGGGAAACCACAGGUCGGUUAGCAAACUCUGAAAUUUUUACAUUAAAAGACAGACAUGAGAGGAUGUAUGUACUUGGUCCCACACAUGAAGAAUCUAUCACAGCACUCAUCGCAUCGCUAGCACCAUUGUCAUACAAAAUGUUUCCUAUCAGAUUAUACCAGAUAACCAGUAAAUUCAGAGACGAAAUUAAACCAAGGUUCGGCUUGCUGAGAGCACGAGAAUUUGUAAUGAAAGAUUUAUAUACAUUCGACAUUAGCAGAAAGGAUGCACUGGAAUCAUAUGAGUCUGUGAAUAAUACAUAUUUUGAGCUGUUUACGGAACUGAAUGUACCAUUUGUAAAAGUGGAAGCCGAUGGUGGCACAAUAGGCGGCAGUAUAUCCCACGAAUAUCACAUCUUGGCAGACGUCGGCGAAGAUAAAUUGCUGAAUUGCAUCAAUUGUGGUUUUCUUACCAAAUCCGAAGCCUUUGAUGCUGAAUUAGAUUGUCCUGGUUGCAAAACAAAUCUAUCCACGAAAAAAGGCAUAGAGGUCGGUCACAGUUUCUUUCUAGAAGACCGUUACACGAAGCCUCUUGCAGCUAAUUUUCUAUCAGCUUCUGGUAAGCCUCAAAUAUUACAAAUGGGUUGUCACGGUUUAGGUGUAUCGAGGAUUAUUGGGGCCACUUUGGAAGCAUUGAGCAAACCCGAUGAACUGAGGUGGCCGGUGAAGAUUGCACCUUAUGUUGCUUGUAUUAUACCACCGAAGAAAGGAAGUAAAGAAGAAGCUAAAUGUAUGCCAUUAUCUGAAGAUUUAUAUCGAGAUUUGUCUAGUUUAACUUAUUUGGCAGACGAUGUUAUAAUUGACGACAGAACUACAAUGACUAUUGGUAAAAGGUUCCGUGAAGCUAAAAGAACCGGUUAUCCAUUUAUAAUCGUUGUUGGAGAGUCUGCAAAUUCUGAAAAUCCACUCUAUGAAGUUCAUGAUACAUUGAACGAAACGCAGAAAAAUAUGUCCAAAGAUGCUGUUAUAGAGUUUUUGAACAAACAAUUUCAAAAGUCGAGUACAGAAAAAAUUCAAAUUAUAAAGGAUCAAAAAGUUUUACUUCUAGCAGCCGCAUCUCCGAUUGCAGAACUUUUCAAAGUAUUUGCAAAAGUUGGCAAAACCGAAGCCGAAGGCAAUGCACUAUCAUACGAACAAUUACAACAAUGGAUGAACAUGGCACAAAUCACAGACUCUAAUGAUCGCAAAGUCGCUGAACUAUUAAAGAAAUUCAGUGCCACCAAAGAAAUCGAAUACGCCCAAUUCGACAAUUUCCUCAACGACUUUGCAAAAGCUAUAAAAAUAUCACCGGAGCAGCUUAAAGAAAAAUUGGUAUCUGUAGCCGUGCCAAGCCCUUUGACCUUACAGGCCCCUGCGGAUACACCUGUUACGCAGGAGCAACCUGCAGAAGCAGAGGCUGCAAACCUACCAAGAACAUAUUUAGAUUUACCUGAUUUACCGGAAAUACCUGAAGGUUACUGUCCUAUGAGAAGAAAAGGCAAGGAAGUGUGCGAAGAAAAUUUUGAUGAUAAAAAUAAGGAAGGUUCAGAUAAACCUGAUAGAAAGACUAAGAAAUGA